UUGCACUCUUUUAAACUAAAGUCCUCAUCCAAUGGGCCUCUGGUUCAUCAUCCUCUUCUCCAUUUGUCUCUGUGCAACCCUCAAAUUCAUACUAGUUCUCCUCUCCCCCACCAUUAAAACCAAACACACCAAUAAGCUCUCUCUCCCCUCAGGACCCCUGAAACUACCCAUCAUUGGCAACUUCUUUUGGCUCUACAAAUCUUUCUCUGAAAUCGAAUCAAUCCUCCACAACCUUCGACAAAAGUAUGGCCCCAUUGUCACCUUACACAUUGGUUCACAACCUCUCAUCUUCAUCUCAACCCCCUCUCUUGCUCAUCAAGCCCUAAUCCAAAACGGCGCUACAUUUGCCGACCGUCCACCGGCACCUCCCUCCAACAAUAUCAUCACUAGUAACCAACACAACAUCACAUCCGCUACCUAUGGUCCUCUCUGGCGAAUCCUUCGUCGGAAUCUCACCUUAGAAUUGUUUAAUCCUUCUCGAGUAAAAUCCUAUGCUAACACUCGCAAAUGGGUGUUGCAGAUAGUAAAAACGCAGCUCAAAUUCCAUGUUAAAUCCAACGAGUCUGUGCAUGUGAUGAAACAAUUCCAGUAUGCCAUGUUUUGUUUGUUGGCCUUCAUUUGUUUUGGUGAGAAACUUGAUGAGAAAACCAUCACAGAGAUUGAAGAUGUAGAGAGAAGCCUCCUCUUAAAUUUUGUUGGAAUGAAUGUCCUUACUUUCUUACCCAAGUUAGGGAAGAUCAUCUUCAGAAAACAAUGGCUAAAGCUUCUCAAUUUGCGUCGUAGACAGGAAGAUGUAGAGAUCCCAUUGAUAAAAGCUCGUCGAGAACUGAAGGAGAAGAAAAAAGAGAAUCACGUCGUCCAAGAUGAAGCCUCCAUCCCCUACGUCGAUACAUUGUUGGAUCUUCAAAUCCCAGAUGAAUCAGAAGGAAGAAAACUCACAGAUCAAGAGAUUGUGAGUCUCUGCUCUGAAUUUCUGAAUGCUGGCACAGACACAACCUCCACAGCAUUACAAUGGAUAAUGGCGAAUUUGGUGAAACACCAAGAAAUCCAAGAGAAGCUUUACACUGAGAUCAAAAGUGUAAUAGUUUUGAAUAACUCAUCAAGUGAAGAGGAAGAGAUCAGUGAAGAGGAUUUGCAGAAAAUGCCUUAUCUGAAGGCUGUAGUGUUGGAAGGGCUUAGGCGUCACCCACCAGGUCACUUUGUGUUACCACAUGCUGUCACCACAGAUAUUGUGUUGGAUGGCCAUGUGAUACCAAAGAAUGCUACUGUGAAUUUUAUGGUGGCUGAGAUGGGUAGGGAUCCAAUGGUUUGGAAAGAUCCAAUGGAGUUUAAACCAGAGAGAUUCUUGGGUGAUGGAGGAGAAGUAGUGUUUGAUAUAACAGGGACAAGGGAGAUUAAAAUGAUGCCUUUUGGUGCAGGGAGGAGGAUUUGCCCUGGGCUUCGGUUAGCUAUGCUGCACUUAGAAUAUUUUGUGGCGAAUUUGGUCAAAGAUUUCAAAUGGACGGCUGUGGAUGGUGAUAAUGUUGACUUGUCAGAGAAGGUGGAGUUCACUGUCGUGAUGAAAAACCCAUUGGAGGCUCAUGUCUCCCUCAGAUCAUAGGAUCAU